UGUACUGAAUUCUCAUAUUGAUAUAUCAGAAUUUCACAGGACUAUAUUUUGUCGUCUUAUCAUCCAAGAACUCAGUGUUGCACAUGUUUGUAUCCAUGCGCUCACCUCAGAAAGCAUUUCGAGGGCAGGAAAAUUAAGCAGAAUGAACGGGACCUCUACUAAUUAUCCAUAGGCGUUUAGGAAUAGCGAUUUGUUUGUAAAGGCAUGGAGCAAACAAUAUCAACAACCCCGAAGCUAUUCGUUACAUCGAUCGUGGAAAAUAAGGAUGAAUUUGAGGAGAAAUAUGAAAGAAGUUUUAAUACACUCCAGAGCCUGAUAUCAGGAUUGUCAGAAAAAGAAGCUCAAAAUGCCUUGAACAAUGCUGUUUGCAAAGAUAAGAACCAUGAAGAAGUUUCACUUGGUCUUCUGUUCGUUAUUCUAACAGAACCACAAAGUGCUGCCAAGAGUUAUCGUGAUCUUACCCUAAUCACCCGUGAUGGUCUCACUCUGGUUUUGAGUCAUUUAACCCAGCUUAUUCUGGAUCGCUACCUUCGCCUCACUGACACAGUACGGACUCAAGUAUUAUGGCUUGUAAGAGAAAUGAUUCGAAAUGCAGUCACUAAUGUAGAUAACCUUUGCUGGAAUUUAAUGAGGCAUGCAGCAGGAGGUGAUGUCUCUUCACGAAAUAUUAUGCUUAUUGAAGCAUUAUUGGAUAUAUACCAAGAAAACAGAACGUGGUUAGACAAGUUCCCAGUGUUGAUUGCUUCUGUAGUGUAUGCUUACUUGCGCCUUAUUGAAGACCAUGCUGUCCCAGCAUUGGCUCCAUUAAGACAUAAAGAAGUUGUUUUUGUGGUGACGCUUAUCAGGGAACGUUUUGCGGAUUGCCUUGUGAUUGGUCGAGACUUUGUUAGACUUCUUCAAAAUGUUGCCCGUAUUCCAGAAUUUGACCAACUCUGGAGAGAUCUCCUUACAAAUCCCAAAUCUCUUUGUCCAACAUUCACAGGUAUAUUACAAUUGCUUCAGACACGAACAUCAAGGAGGUUUCUGCAAUCUCGUCUUACACCUGAUAUGGAGAGAAAGUUGGUAUUCCUUACAUCACAAGUUCGCUUUGGGUAUCACAAACGCUAUCAAGAAUGGUUCCAGAGGCAGUAUUUGGCUACUCCUGAGUCACAGUCUCUUCGCUGUGACUUAAUCCGUUUUAUUGUCGGAGUAAUUCAUCCAACAAAUGAAUUGCUCUGUUCAGACAUAAUCCCACGAUGGGCAGUCAUUGGUUGGCUUUUGACAACAUGCACCUCAAGUGUGGCUGCAUCCAAUGCAAAACUUGCACUUUUCUAUGACUGGUUGUUUUUUGAGGCUGAUAAGGAUAACAUCAUGAAUAUAGAACCAGCCAUUCUUGUUAUGCAUCAUUCAAUGCGAUCACAUCCAGCUGUCACAGCCACGUUACUUGAUUUUUUAUGCAGAAUCAUUCCAAAUUUUUACCCUUUGUUAGCUGACAAAGUGCGUGCUGGGAUUUUUUCAUCUCUUCGCCAAAUAUUGGAAAAAAGAGUGUUACCAACUUUAUUUCCCCUUUUUGAUAAUCCAAAGCUUGACCGAGAACUGAGAACAAUGGUCAGAGAAGCAUUCAAGGAAUUCUGCCUCCCACCAACUACAGAAGGUAAAGAAGACUUCAACUCAGCUGUUCAUUUGAACACAAAGGAAGAACCUAUAGAACAAAUGUUGGAUGGCCAAGAGAAUCAUACACCAUCUAAUAAUCAUGUUGGUGAUUCAGAACCAACAUUCAGUGAUGACGAGGAAGAAGCAGCGAUUCCAGCAACUAAUCCCAUCCCACGAAGUACUGAGGAUGAUGAUGAUGAUGAUGACAUUCCACUAGGUGAUGCAAGAACAAAAGUGAGAUUAAAAGAGAAACCUACUGUGUCUGAAGGGAAACUUCAAGAGAGUGAACUGUAUAUAGUACAACAAUUAGAUGGAGAAAUACGGGUUGCUGUGGAAACAUUGCAUCUAGAACGUGACAAUGAAGCAAAGUGUCAAGCAAUGGAAAGGUUGGUGCAGUUGGUUAUUCAAGAAGAAGAUAUGGAUGCUGAAGUAAUUUCUCUAUUGGGCUCAUGUCUGUGCACUGUUUUGAAAGAGCAAUUGGAAGGAAAAGUUUUUCCAGUCGAAGUUAAUGAUGAAACACUUGAGGACAGUAUAGGUCGCCCAUUGUUUGUUAUGUUUCGCAAUGUAGUGCAACUCCCAGAGGAUGAUCUACGUAGACACCCUAUCUUAUCUGUACUUGCAGAAAUGUCAAGCCACCAACCAAGAGUAGGCUAUCUGCUUCUGUAUUUUCUUAAAGCUUGUAAAUUAAAUGAUGGAAAGUCAUCAGCAUACAGUGAAUUCUGUCAAGUGCUAGACAAAGAACUAGAAAGCUGCUUGCUUAGUGAUCUGAAGCUGUGCCAGGAAGAUGAUGUGAACCUGUUUUGCUGGCUUGUACCUGAAGUAUACAUUCAGUUUCCAUCAGUUGCAAUUGGUCAUGCCCAACUCCUUCACUUGGUUGUAUCAACGGUGGAUGCAGCCCAGUUACAGGACUUCGUAUGUCACAUUCUACAAGGGCGCCUUGUUAUGUUCCGUUCAGACUCUUUCCGAGCGCUGCUGUCAGCCAGUUUGUCAUGGGAAACAUUUGAACAGUAUUGCCUUUGGCAGUUAGUCACAGCCCAUGGGAUCCCUAUAGACUACGUUUUACCUAUCUUGCCAAGGUUGGAAUUUUCAAGUCAUGCAGAAGCCCUAACAUCAAUUUUGCUCAUGUUGAAACAGGAAAGACCUACAGCUGAGUUACUGAAACAUCUACUGUCUCGUGAAGUACGACCUCCACAGGAUGUGUUUGUAGUUUCUACACUUAAAUAUUGGUGUCAAGAACAUGAAGAAAAGUUGGGAGAGUUAAUGGCCAAUCUGUUAAGUAGUCGGUACCCUAAUACCUCCCCGAAUAAACGAAAACGUGGUGGUGGGGGAGCAAACAGAGCUGGUUUGGGAGCAGGUGCUGGCCCUCCAAGUGCAGAGCAAGUGCUUGGACAUCUAGACCAGUUAAGACAAUGUUGUCGGCAGAACAAUUUUCACCUAUAUAGCUUGGACUCCAUGCAAAGGGCAUUACAGCAGGCUCAGAGUUUGUGCACAGACAUUCAGCGGAAGAAGUUUAGUGAUUUGUUUGCUUUAGCUGAGGUGGAUGAAGUGGAAGCUGCCACACCAAAACCUUCGGGUGGCAGUAAAGUGAGUGCAGCUGGGAGGGGAAGGAAGGGUGUUUCCAGCAAUAGCAGCAGUGGUGGAACCAAAGGAGCUACUACUAGUAAAAGUAGAGCAGCCACAAAAGAAGUGUCAGAUAGUUCGGAAGAAAGCAGUGAAGAGGAAGAAAUAGUGAAACCCAGACAUUCUAAGAAGAGGAAAAAGGUAAAUCCCGUUGGCUCAGACAGUGAUUGACCCAUCACCAUUGUGAACUGUGGCAAUAUACUCUGGGGACACUAUGGCUGUAUCUUUGCCACCAUUUUAUACCAUGAGGAAACAGUUUUUAUACAUUCUUCAGUGAAACACAUUGUAAGAACACUGAUCGAAUUACUGUACAUUUUGAAAACUGGAUAAUGGUUUUGAAAGUAUGUCAAAAUUAAACAAGUCACAUUAUUUGUUGUGAAUGCAAAAUAAUGAUGUUAUCUAUUAUAUUCUGUUACUUUAAUAGGAACCUGGUUUUUGAAUAAUAGAUUUUUCAUAGAUAUUACAUACCAGCGGUAUUUUAUGAGGAACUGUUUCAUACACUCAAAGAAUAUGGAUUUUGAGAUAAUAUCAACUGGUGAUGCCAGUUCUCCUUAUUUUAGAUCCAUAUUUGUGUUGAUGUAAAUGGCAUCCCACAUUGGGAAUUUGAAUGGAUGAGAAUGUUACGUGUAUGCAUGUUUGUAAUAUAAUAUGUUGUGUUUGUUUUGAAUGAUUGUACAGUAUGUUACUGUUCAUACAGUAAAUUGCAUCUCAUUGGCUUCAUUUACCAUGAAUUGUCCUUGUAAAUUAUUUGUUUUGUGGGAAUAUGAGUUUAAUAGUUCACAAGGAUUUCUUAAUUGUGUACACAUAUUUCUUGUAAAUAAAUGCACAGAAACUUUUGUACAUUUCCUAGCAUAAUACAUGUGAAUAUUAUGUUUUUUAAAUUAAAACAUUACAUUACAAUACUGUCUCUUGUUUGACUCAAAAUGGUACCUAAAACUAACAGUUACAGUCUAUGAUCAAUUUUAGGCAACAAAAAUAGUAAAAUGAAACAUGCAUACAAAUAAAUGCAUCUAUGAUGGUUA